GAGGGAGAACAUAUGUUGGAGACUUAACAGACGCAAAGACGAGAGAGAAACAAAGCCCUCUAAUUGGAGACUUCCUUUCUUGUGUUGGACUCCGUUCCUCAUGUCAGCCUUCAGUCCUCACUACAAAGUCUAGGAACAUCUGUGUGGGAAAAAUAACUACAAAUGGAUACAUCUCCCUCAGCUAUGUGCUUUCUUUCUGCUCUUCUACUUGUGUUUUUACUCCAGUACCACCUUGUCCAGGCUGCGAUGGACUCGUGCUAUGACGAAGAGGGCACCCCGAGUCGUUGCAUGCCCAAAUUUGAGAACAUUGCAUUCAACCGCACUGUUGUGGUGUCAAACGUGUGCGGUAUCACACCUGAGGAGUACUGCAUGCAGACCGGAUCAACCCGCUCGUGCCACAUCUGUGACAUGUCCGACCCCGAACGCAGCCACAACGCCAGCCUCCUGACAGACUUCCACAGGAAUGAAGACCCUACGUGGUGGCAGAGUCAGUCCCUGUUCUAUGGGAUUCAGUACCCCAACUCUGUCAACCUCACCCUUCAUCUAGGGAAGGCCUUUGAGAUAACCUAUAUACGAUUGAAAUUCUACACCAUUCGACCACAGAGCUUCGCCAUCUACAAGCGCACAGAAGAGGACGGGCCCUGGCUGCCCUACCAGUACUACAGCGCUUCUUGUAAGGAAACGUAUGGAAAAGACGCCAGAGGUUACAUUCGCCCAGGGGAUGAUGAGAGGACUGCUGUGUGCACGGAUGACUUCAGUGAUAUCUCCCCACUUACUGGAGGCAACGUGGCGUACUCCACCCUGGAGGGACGCCCAAGUGCCUACAAUUUUGACCAAAGUCUGGUGCUGCAGGAAUGGGUGACAGCCACCGACCUGCUCAUUUCUCUGGACAGGCUCAACACCUUUGGGGAUGAGGUCUUCAGGGACGCUAAAGUGUUGCGCUCGUACUUCUAUGCCAUCUCAGAUUUCUCCGUGGGCGGCAGAUGUAAGUGUAACGGCCACGCCAGUGAGUGUGUCGACGGAGAGCACGGUGCUUUGGUCUGUGCGUGCCAGCAUAACACAGUGGGAGCUGACUGCCAGAGAUGUCACCCCUUCUACCAGGACAGACCAUGGGCCAGGGCCACCGGGGACUCCGCCAACCAGUGUCUGAAGUGCAACUGCAGCGGGAGAUCAGACCAGUGCGUGUUCGACUCGGAGCAGUACCGACGCACCGGCAGUGGGGGGCGCUGCGUGAACUGCAGAGAUAACACCGACGGGCCCCAUUGCGAACACUGCAGGGAAAACCACUACAGGAAGUCUCCGGAAGAGCCCUGCCUGGCCUGCGACUGCAAUAUCAAUGGCUCGGUGAGUCUGCAGUGUGAUGUAGAAGGAAGGUGUGCGUGUCGAGUCGGGGUGACAGGGGAGAAGUGUGACACAUGUCUGGCUGGCUUUCAUUCUCUAGGCCCCGGGGGCUGCAGGCCAUGUGACUGUGAGUCCAGUGGGACCGUGGACGACUGCUCUCCUCUGGAUGGACACUGUCACUGUAAACCACAUGUGGAAGGACAGCGCUGCGAUAGAUGCAAACCAGGCUUUUUCAACCUACAAGAAGGAAACCCCGCAGGCUGCCAGGCUUGUUUCUGCUCCGGACACUCGCUGGUCUGCACCUCGUCCAGUCACUACACCGCAUUCAACAUCACGUCUGACUUCAUUGAUGAUCAGGAUGGCUGGUUGGGAGAGUUCUCUGGAGGGCAGGAGUACCCCCUGCUGUGGAAGGAAGGCGAAGUCUACCUGCUGCCUCUCACCGAGGAAGACAUCGGCUUCUACAAAGCCCCUGAGAAAUUCCUGGGUCAGCAGGUCCACAGCUAUGGCCAGCUUCUUUUCAUCACCUUCACUUCUGAGGUGCCUGAGCUGCUCCCAGAACGUGUCACCCUGUUCCUCCAAGGCUCUGGGAUCACCCUCUCCGCUGACCUUUCACCUCAGCUGGUGCUUGACCACCACCCCGGCCUCACGCCUAGGUGCACCUUUACCAUAAGGCUUGAUGAAAAUGAGAGGAGAUUCCAACCCUCAGUGUCUGCCUCCCAGUUCCAACUUGUGCUUUACAACCUGACAGCUCUCAAGAUCAGCAACGCUGGAGGACACAACUACACAUCACAGCUCGCGGGGGUAACCCUGACCUCCGCUUUCAUCUCCAGCGCUGCCGCCGGCCCCCCCGCCCCAUGGGUAGAAUACUGCUCCUGUCCUCUGGGAUUUGCAGGCCAAUUUUGUGAACAGUGCGCCCCGGGAUUCACCAGGGAAGAGGCUGGCAGAGGGCCGCUCUCAGCGUGUGUGCCAUGCAACUGCCACCAUCAUGGAACAUGUCAUCCAGAGACCGGUGUGUGUGAGUGUUCAGACUUCACUACCGGACGGACCUGUGAGCAAUGCCUGGACGGUUACUAUGGCAACGCUUUGAUUGGCACUCGCAGUGAUUGUCAGCCUUGCCCUUGCCCAGACCGGACCAGCUGUGCUCAAAUUGCACAGACAGGACAGGUGGUCUGCACCGAUUGCCCCACUGGACAGACAGGUAUCCGCUGCCAGAUGUGUGAAGAUAGUUACUAUGGUGACCCCCUCGGACAAUCUGGGGUAGUUCGGCCGUGUGAGAGAUGCGACUGCAACGGUAACGUGGACUUCAACGCAUUGGGAGUUUGUGACCACAUUACUGGGAGAUGUCUGAAAUGCCUGGGGCACACAGAGGGCGAGCGCUGCCAGCGUUGCCGGCAGGGUUUCUAUGGUGAUGCCCUGAACCAGACAGCUGCUCAGAAGUGCAAACCGUGCAACUGCAACCCCAGCGGCACUUUUGGACGUCUCGACGAAUGCCACCCUCAUGACGGAAGCUGCCGGUGCCUGGGUCAUGUGACUGGACGUGACUGCAGUACCUGUGAAGUCGGCUUCUUCAACCUGCAACCAGGUGUAGGAUGUGAGAGGUAA